UGUCUGCGCUGGAAUACGAUAGAAUGAAAAUUAGAUUACAUUUAGUACGUUUUAUGUACAUAAAUCUUAUACUAAGCUGCUUCUUCUGGCUAUAUGAUAACGCUGCCGCCGCAGAAGCCACCGCGACAAAUGCUGCAACAGCGAAUGUCAACGAAGGAAUGCAGCAGGCAGGCCAUGGAACGCCGGGGCCAGUAACGACCGAGGAGGGGUCAUUCAUCAGCCCCUUGUUAAAUGUAAAAAAUAAUCUAAAUGUUCCAACAGAAGAGGCAUCGGCAGCCACCACAACUACGACGAUGCCCACAGCGCUUAAAACGUCGGCGACUUCGACGUCAUCACGUCCAGAUGCAGAUAAUAUUGUGAUAAAGGUGGGCACCGAGCCAAGUACCGAUUCAGAAACUAUAUACGCCGCGGCAACAGACACGUCAGUGAAUAUGAAUGUACUGCCGUCUGAUGUAAAUUUCAAUAAUAAGAACAAAUAUUUUAGUGUAGUGCCUAACAGUGAAAAGAGUAAUGAUGGUGAAAAUGAAGUGACCGCUAAUGUGCCAAAUAAUCAAUUAAAUAAAAAAAUUAAUAAUAAUAUGUAUAUAAAUAAUAAUGUAGAUGUAAAUCAACUAGAUAAAGCACAUCAAACGAAUUUAGUUGACGGUGCAGUAAGACCCAUUUCAACUAUGGAACAACAACAACAACAACAACAACAGCAACAACAACUAGAACAGCAACAAGAAAAACAAGGGCAGCAGAAACAGAGCUUUCCUGAAAUAAUUACUGAGCUGCCCACCGUAACGGUGACCGAGCUGCCAGUGGAGCUGGAGCAUGUCAAGGAGCAGUUGGAUUUGGUUGUGCUGCAAGAUGCGCACAGUUCGAGCAAUAAUACUGAGCAGCAACAGCAAACUGAGGCGCAGGUGGCUCAGAAGGCUGAACUGAACAUAAACGAUCCGGGCGGGGGAUUGGAAUUAAAUGCAUUCUCCGGCUUCGAAUCGAAUGCUGUACUGGAUGCAAAUGUGACUGGCGAUGAAGGCAUCGCAGAUGCUGCGGCAAUUGAAAGCAGCAAUGUUACGGUGGAGGAAGUGCCGAUGCCCGUCUUUUCGGAAUGGGCGCAAAAGCAAAUCGAGGCAGAAGCAAGCCGCGAACAAGCCAUGGAACUAGAGCAGCAGGUUGUAAACACUUCAGCCCAGCGUAAAGACUCUACAGGAUCUGGAAGCGGCAAGCCCACGCCGUUAAAGUUACGCGCCAAGAACUAUGCCUCGCCGGACUGCGGCGCCAAAAUAAUUGCUUCGAAUGCAGAUGCCACAAACACGGGCGCGGUGCUGAGCCACUCAAGUGAUGAAUACAUGCUAAGCACAUGCGGCAGCCGAAUCUGGUUUGUUGUGGAAUUGUGCGAAGCCGUGCAGGCACAAAAGGUUGAGCUGGCGAAUUUUGAGCUGUUCAGCUCAUCGCCUAAGAACUUUACUGUGGCAGUCUCCAAACGGUUUCCCACUCGUGAUUGGAGUAAUGUUGGCCGAUUUGCGGCAGAGGACAAACGAACAGUGCAAACGUUUGAGCUUCAUCCGCAUCUGUUUGGCAAGUUUGUGCGCGUGGACAUACAUUCGCAUUACUCCAAGGAACAUUUUUGUCCCAUUUCGCUUUUUCGUGUAUUCGGCACUUCGGAAUUUGAGGCCUUCGAGACGGAGAUCCGGCACAGCGAUGAACUAGAUGAUUUUGAUGAUGACUUUGGUGGCCAGGAACAGCAGCACAAGCCAUUUACCGGAGCCGACAGUGGAGGUGCAAAUAUUUUCCAAAGUGCCUCAGAUGCAGUCAUCCAAAUGGUGAAAAAGGCUGCUCAGGUUUUAGUGAAGCCCACUAAAGCGAUACGCUGGCCUUCUGAUUCGUCGCACUGUUACACACCUAUUGUUGGCAUGUACAGCUGUCAAAACUGCAAUAGCUCUGUCGUAGAUCGUAUUAACAAUUUGCUAUCUUGUCAAUCCCAGCAGCUGCAGCUGCUGCUUGUGCUGCCCCAGCUGCGCACACAUUUAUUACAGACUCGCAUUUGUCAGUCCGACUAUAAUAUUAACCUGGGCAUAGCCAGAGAAGCAGACUCCUUAACAAGUGGUAUGGACAAACGCCAGAGUUUUUAUCUGAGCAUACUGCCAGCGGAACAUGUUGGUGCCAUGUGCAAACUUUUACAGGCAGACUUCAGUUCCACCAAAGAGAAACCCGUAGAUUUCUCUGAGCCUGAACACCAACUUAAUGUAACGCAUCCUUUAUCUGAGAACAUGUCCAAAAGUGAACCGUCAAAGGAGUCAGAAGUUGAUGUUAAAAUUACCGAGCCGAAUGAUUCAAUGCCUGCUCUAACACCACCCUUGAAAGCCGGGUCAGAUGACAAGCCCUCGUCCACUGAAGUACCAGCAGUCACUCCGCAGCAUGAUGCACAAGUGACAGAUAACAGUGCAAUACCGGGAUCACCAUCUGAUGUGAAUAUAUUCAAUGUACCAACUGACAAUCCGAAGGACCCAUCACAAGCCUCUGUGCCUCUUGACCCAAUAGCGACCAUUCCUGUAUCUCCAUCUGCAUCACCAGUGGACACCAACGAAAUGGAGACAGCCAAGGCCCCUUCAUUUACAACGCCAACAGCGACCUCAGCCGAAGCAGACAGUGGAGAUUUGUUAGGCAGUGGCAACGGUUUGGAUGACGGUAAUCUCUCCAAUUGGGAGAGCAUCGAUAACCUACUAACCACAACGGUUGCCUCAAUAACUGCGGGAGGUGGAGCAGCUGCAGCUGCAGCAGCUGUAGUCAAUGGCAAUGCAAAUAUGGGAAGCUCUUCAAGUACAGGAGCUGCAGGUAGCCAAAACUUACAACCAAAACUAACGCAUGGACCGCAGUCGGAGAGCGUAUUUAUUAGGUUGUCAAAUAGAAUUAAGGCGCUCGAACGAAAUAUGUCACUGUCGGGACAGUAUUUAGAGGAGCUAUCACGACGUUAUAAAAAGCAGGUGGAGGAAUUGCAGCAGACUCUUACGCAACAGACGCUUACAGUGCGUACUUUGGAGGAUCAGAGCCGGCGGAUUCUGGAGCAGGAGCAACUCUAUCAGCAUCAAAGUGCGGAGCUGGCUGGCGAAGUGCGUGCGCUCACGUAUCAAGUGCAAGCUUGCAUCCUCGUUAUCAUCAUUGUGGGUACGUGCAUAUUUCUUAUGCUUGUAGUUGGCACUGUCUACUACCGUAAGUUACGACGCCAAACCCAGCAGUUGUUGCCAACGACGGCAGCAAUGAAACUGAGUAAGAAUAAGCUCUGUCGUCGUAAAUCAUAUGAGGAAAUAGUGCAGCAUUCGCCUGGUAAGCACCGGAGACCCAGUGAGGAAGCCAUGCUAAUACUUAACGGCUGUGGAGACACAUCGUUAGCGGAUCAGUCUGGUAUUGGGCACGGUGGCAGGCAACGCAAGAUUUCUGUUUGUUAUGGCAGCAAUAACAAUAUCACAAACCAUAUGCUCAGCAUGAGAACUUCGUUGCACAGGCGAAAAGGCGCAAAGCAUUCAUGGCACUCGAACUUAGACUCUGCGCCGGAGUCGUCCAUUGAAAAUGGAGACAAAUUCUUUGAUGUGGACACACUUAAAACCAAUAAGAUGCCAGCCAAGCCAAUCAAAAAGAAGCCGCUUCAAAUAACUUCACACGAUCUAAGGCGUCAGGAGUCUGCGCCUGCUAAUUGUUCACAAGAGUAUCUUACUGAGGAGCACACGCAGAGUGACUUUGACGAGAGUCUCAUACUGGACGACGAUGAUCUAUGCAAUUUCAUACCAACCACCGACUUGGCUUAUAAUGAAUUUAUGCCCGAUGGACCAUCAGGCUAUCAAAUUGUGGAUACAGUUGAUGGAAAGGCUGAUAAGGGGCAGGCGACUAAAAAGUGUCGUCGGGUCUCAUCACCAGCGUUCUUCAAGUCACCUUUUACCAAAAGCAAACACAAGGAGAGCAGUCUAAAUGGCAGUGGCAGUGCUGUCAAGGCCAGCCACUCGGCGCACGAGGCCACUUCUUGGGAGUGGUAUCGCUUAAAGCGCAGUGAUAAGCAAUCCAAUUCGAAGCAUUUGACGACAGUGUCAAUUGCAUCUAUUUCGCCCAAUGCGAGCAUUGACAAUUCCUCGUUGUCGGAAGUAAGCUUUCCUUUGAACUCUACACAAAAUUCCUUUCGCAUACUUGGCGAGGCCAUACUAUCCUCGGGCGAGGGUAGAGCCAAUGGUAAGAGUAGCACUGUUCCCGCCGGUAGCAGCAGUAGCAGCGGCGCAAGUACCACGUCAUCCACAACGAAAAAGAAGCAGCGGGCUUUUAAUAAUAUUUUUCGAAAAGUCUUUUGAUGUAGUCGUUGUUGACCGGCUAUUUAUUUAUUAUUAUUCUUUACUUAAUUAGUUGUUCCCUAAAUUGUGUUCAUUUAGGUCUACCUACGGGGCAUCAAUUCGACGGAUGUUAUCCACGUAGAUAUUAAAAUUUGGUGUAAAUUCAGUCCAAUUCUCUAAAAUGCCAGUUUAAAUGAUUCAUUUCUGUAUCUCUCAAGAGUUCCUUAGUGUUGCAGUAUAAUGCAAAUGACUGUAAAAAAAUAAUUAGUUAUACCUUCAAAUGCUUUUAGUUGUAAUUAUAUGCUUGCUUGCUAUAUAUAUAUAUACUAAAAAUGGCUAACAAGAAUGACUUUCACGAAAUACAAGAAACUUAAGAGAAUAUUCGAAGCCUUUGCUUUUGCCCAGCGUUAAUUUAAAUAUUU